CGGGGCGAGCGGCGGCAGUGGUGGGCGCAAGAGGGACGUGGGCGCAAGAGGGACGUGGGCGCAGGCCGCGGCGGCCGCCGAGUACCGGACACUGAGGGAGCCGGCCGUGCCCGGUGCCUCGCGGCGCUCACUCCUCAGCCCGGGCACACUCGCCGGCCCCGCUCCCUGGCUGCCUCGGCGAAGGCCUGGACCCGGACGGAGCGGCGCGCGGCGCACGCGGAAGUGCUUGACUCUGCAUGGACUUUGGAAACUAGAGAAGAAAAUCCAGCUUGCUGUUUGGGGCCGUUGGAUAGCCGAAUAAAUGCAGUAUCUAAAUAUAAAAGAGGACUGCAAUGCCAUGGCGUUCUGUGCUAAAAUGAGGAGCUCCAAGAAGGCCGAGGUGAACCAGGUGGCACCUGAGCCCGGGGUGGAGGUGACCUUCUACCUGCCGGACCGGGAGCCCCUCCAGCUGGGCGCGGGCGAGUACACGGCGGAGGAACUGUGCAUCCGGGCGGCACAGGAGUGCUGUAUCUCUCCUCUGUGUCACAACCUCUUUGCCUUGUACGAUGAGAACACCAAGCUGUGGUAUGCGCCCAACCACAUCAUCACCGUGGACGACAAGACGUCCCUCCGCCUCCACUACCGCAUGAGGUUCUACUUCACCAACUGGCACGGGACCAAUGACAACGAGCAGUCAGUGUGGCGGCACUCUCCGAAGAAGCAGAGGAAUGGCUAUGAGAAGAAAAAGGUUCCCGAUGCAACCCCGCUCCUCGACGCUAGCUCGCUGGAGUACCUGUUCGCACAGGGACAGUACGAUCUGGUCAAGUGCCUGGCUCCCAUCCGCGACCCCAAGACGGAACAGGACGGGCAUGACAUCGAGAACGAGUGCCUGGGCAUGGCCGUGCUGGCCAUCUCCCACUAUGCCAUGAUGCGGAACAUGCAGCUGCCAGAGCUGCCCAAAGACAUCAGCUACAAGCGAUACAUUCCGGAAACGCUGAACAAGUCCAUCCGACAGAGAAACCUGCUAACCAGGAUGCGGAUCAACAACGUUUUCAAGGACUUCCUGAAGGAGUUCAACAACAAGACCAUCUGUGACAGCAGCGUGUCCACGCACGACCUGAAGGUGAAGUACCUGGCCACCUUGGAGACCCUGACAAAGCACUACGGAGCUGAGAUAUUCGAGACGUCUAUGCUGCUGAUCUCCUCCGAGAACGAGAUGAGCUGGUUUCACUCCUCCGACGGCGGGAGUGCUCCUCUCUGCUAUGAAGUGAUGGUGACUGGCAACCUCGGGAUCCAGUGGCGGCAGAAGCCAAACGUUGUUCCUGCUGAAAAGGAGAAAAAUAAACUGAAGCGGAAAAAGCUGGAAAACAAACACAAGAAGGAUGAGGAGAAAAGCAGAAUCCGGGAGGAGUGGAGCAACUUCUCCUACUUCCCAGAAAUCACCCACAUCGUGAUCAAGGAGGCCCUGGUCAGCAUUAACAAGCAGGACAACAAGAAGAUGGAGCUGAAGCUCUCUUCCCACGAGGAGGCCCUAUCAUUCGUGUCCCUGGUGGAUGGCUACUUCCGGCUCACGGCAGAUGCCCACCACUACCUCUGCACUGACGUGGCACCCCCGCUGAUUGUGCACAACAUCCAGAACGGCUGCCAUGGGCCCAUCUGCACGGAGUACGCCAUCAACAAGCUGCGCCAGGAGGGCAGUGAGGAGGGCAUGUACGUACUGCGGUGGAGCUGUACCGACUUUGACAACAUCCUUAUGACGGUCACCUGCUUCGAGAAGUCUGAGCAGGUGCUGGGUGGCCAGAAGCAAUUCAAGAACUUCCAGAUCGAGGUGCAGAAGGGCCGCUACAGCCUGCAUGGCUCUGACCGUGGCUUCCCCAGUCUGGAGGAGCUCAUGAGCCACCUCAAGAAGCAGAUCCUGCGCACCGACAACAUCAGCUUCGUGCUGAAGCGCUGCUGCCAGCCCAAGCCCCGGGAAAUCUCCAACCUGCUGGUGGCCACGAAGAAAGCCCAGGAGUGGCAGCCCGUCUACCCCAUGAGCCAGCUGAGCUUCGAUCGGAUCCUCAAGAAAGAUAUCAUGCAGGGUGAGCACCUCGGCAGAGGUACUAGGACGCACAUCUACUCCGGGACACUGGUGGAUCACAGGGACGAUGAAGGCACCGCGGAGGAAAAGAGAAUAAAAGUGAUCCUUAAAGUCCUGGACCCCAGCCACAGGGACAUCUCUCUGGCCUUCUUCGAAGCAGCCAGCAUGAUGAGGCAGGUGUCACACAAGCACAUCGUGUACCUGUAUGGUGUGUGCGUGCGUGACGUGGAGAAUAUCAUGGUUGAGGAGUUCGUUGAGGGGGGACCUCUGGACCUCUUCAUGCACCGCAAGAGUGAUGUCCUCACCACACCCUGGAAGUUCAAGGUUGCCAAGCAGCUGGCCAGCGCCCUGAGCUACUUGGAGGACAAAGACUUGGUGCACGGAAACGUGUGCACCAAGAACCUGCUGCUGGCCCGAGAAGGCAUCGACACCGAGAUCGGCCCAUUCAUCAAGCUCAGCGACCCUGGCAUCCCCGUCACCGUGCUGUCCAGGCAAGAGUGCAUCGAGCGGAUCCCCUGGAUCGCCCCGGAGUGUGUGGAGGACUCCAAGAACCUGAGCGUGGCUGCUGACAAGUGGAGCUUCGGAACCACGCUCUGGGAGAUCUGCUACAAUGGCGAGAUCCCGCUCAAGGACAAGACGCUGAUCGAGAAAGAGCGGUUCUAUGAAAGCCGCUGCCGGCCCGUGACGCCAUCCUGCAAGGAGCUGGCCGACCUCAUGACCCGCUGCAUGAACUACGACCCCAACCAGAGGCCCUUCUUCCGUGCCAUUAUGAGGGACAUCAACAAACUGGAGGAGCAGAAUCCAGACAUUGUUUCCGAAAAAAAGCCGGCCACUGAAGUGGAUCCCACACAUUUUGAGAAGCGCUUCCUGAAGAGGAUCCGCGACCUGGGAGAGGGCCACUUUGGCAAGGUGGAGCUCUGCAGGUAUGACCCUGAGGGGGACAACACCGGGGAGCAGGUGGCUGUCAAGUCCCUCAAGCCCGAGAGUGGAGGCAAUCACAUCGCUGACCUGAAGAAAGAGAUCGAGAUCCUGCGGAACCUCUACCACGAGAACAUCGUCAAGUACAAGGGCAUCUGCACGGAGGAUGGUGGAAACGGUAUCAAGCUCAUCAUGGAGUUCUUGCCGUCAGGCAGCCUGAAGGAAUAUCUGCCUAAGAACAAGAAUAAGAUUAACCUCAAACAGCAGCUCAAAUACGCCGUUCAGAUCUGCAGGGGCAUGGACUACCUUGGCUCCCGGCAGUAUGUCCACCGCGACUUGGCCGCCAGGAACGUCCUCGUUGAGAGUGAGCACCAGGUGAAGAUCGGAGACUUCGGACUCACCAAAGCCAUCGAGACUGACAAGGAGUACUACACGGUCAAGGAUGACCGUGACAGUCCUGUGUUCUGGUACGCGCCCGAGUGCCUGAUUCAGUGCAAGUUCUACAUCGCCUCUGACGUCUGGUCCUUCGGGGUGACGCUGCACGAGCUGCUUACCUACUGCGACUCUGACUCUAGCCCCAUGACCUUGUUCCUGAAAAUGAUAGGCCCCACUCAUGGCCAGAUGACUGUCACCAGACUGGUGAAUGCCUUGAAGGAGGGGAAGCGCUUGCCGUGUCCUCCGAACUGUCCCGAAGAGGUUUAUCAGCUUAUGAGAAAAUGCUGGGAAUUCCAGCCAUCCAGCCGGACGACCUUCCAGAGCCUCAUUGAAGGAUUCGAAGCACUUUUAAAAUAAGCAGGAAUAAUAUUGAAAUACUGUGUAUCCAGCCCUCCCACCCUAGCAAAUACCCCAGACAUUUUAAAAAGGGACAGAAAAGCUGUGCUCUGUCUGGAAGGUCCCGCGACACACGGGUGUGUGUGUGAGGUGCAUGGGUGCCAGCCAACUUCCUCUUUCAGUCGGGCACCUUGAAGUCCGGUGACAAAUGUGACCACCAGAAACCCGGAAGCACUUAAGCACUCCUCUGGAAAGACCCCCUCCGCCCUGGCUGAUAGUCACCUAGUCACCUGGAGAGGACUGGUGCCAGCGGGAAGGACCUGCCUACCGCCCAUUGUCUACCCACUUGGGUGACAGUCGCUUUUUGCGCAUUAACUUUAGGCAGGAGCAGGUGGCCUUGGGGCCAGUACUGCUAACAGCAGCCCUGCAAGGCAGGCCAGUGCUCUGAGGUCCCCUCCUGGUGCCCUGCAGGACUGAGCUUGCAGUGAGUGCAGGGGGCGCAGCUGCCAUCUGCACGCAGUCCGCUGUGCCCUGGCUCUGUGUAGGAACUGUGGGACCUGCACCCUGCCGCAUGUGACAUCUGGAGGACUGCCGCACCCCAGUGGUCUCACCUAGCUGGACAGAUGCCCCAUCUGGACUCCACGACAUAUGCUUUAAAAUGCUCCCACAUGGGAGCACACUGUGCGUGGGCAGAGUGGACCCGCAGGCAUCAUGCUGUUCUUGGUGACCUCAGGGUCUGCAAGGUCCCUCUGGGGUGCAGUGCCUGGAGGAGACGCUGCUCGUGCCCCAGUGCCGCGUCCGCUGGAGUUUGCCAGUUGUCUGACGGAGGCUGAGCCUGAACCUGAACCCGAGGCUCUGUGCCUGGCGUCAGCAUGGGCUCUAGUCAGCGCUGUCCUGGGGUGGCGAACCCCGCCUCUUAGCUCGGUCCCGGUUCCCUGCCUCUAAGCUCCUCUGUGUCAAACCUGUGGCCACUCUGUAUGCACUUUGUUUACUCUUUAUACAAAUAAACGUACCGAGGACUUCACUGCA